AUGCCAGCUAGACCCAAUUCUACAAUAAUCCUCUCAGAGAAUAACAAAAAAGAAAAAGUUUCCACUUAUGUGCCAGACAUCCCAGAGCCAACAAGCAGGGCUGAGCUCUUGAAGCACUGGAUAAAUUUGUCUCUGGAUGAUAAGACUGCCAACAAGAUGCUGUGGAUUUCUGACCAUGGGUCUAAAGUGUGUCGUAGAACUGAAGAGGUUUGUCCGGUACUAGACAGACCGGAGAGAUAUGAGUAUUCCCCACAGGUGGUGUGCAAAGAGGCUAUUUGGAACAUGAGGGCUUACUGGGAGGUGGAGUUCUCAGGGUGGGUGGUAAUAGGAGCCACCUAUGAAGGAGCAGGGCGGAGGGCAAAUUCUGGACCAAGUGGCCUUGGAGAAAACGAGGAGUCCUGGGGUCUAUGUUGGUCAGGAACACGUUACCAGAUCUGGUUCAAUGGCAUGAACAAAGACAUAAAUGAUGUUCCGCACUGCUCCACAAUCGGCGUUUACCUUGACCAGCCUGCAGGGAUUAUAAGCUUUUAUGUUGUAACCGGUGAUGCAGCAGAGAGGGAGGUUAAGCUGCUGCAUAAAGUUAAGACUACUAUUGACAAAAAGAUUCUCCCAGGUUUCUGGAUGGGAAUUCAAUCAUCUUGCACAAUACAAAAGAGACCAGAAUGA